AUGGAGCACUGGAACUCCACCCUGGGAAGUGGCUUCAUAUUGAUGGGGAUUCUGAAUGACAGUGCGUCUCCUGAGAUGAUCUGUGCUACAAUCACAGUGCUAUACAUGCUGGCCCUCACCAGCAAUGGCCUUCUGCUCCUGGCCAUCACAAUGGAUGCCCAGCUCCAUGUGCCCAUGUACCUCCUGCUUGGGCAGCUCUCUCUCAUGGACCUCCUCUUCACAUCUGUUGUCACCCCCAAGGCCUUCAUGGAUUUUCUGCUCCGUGAAAACACCAUCUCCUUCGGGGGCUGUGCCCUUCAGAUGUUCCUGGCACUGACCCUCGGUGGUGCAGAGGACCUCCUACUGGUCUUCAUGGCCUAUGACAGGUAUGUGGCCAUUUGUCAUCCUCUGAACUACAUGGUCCUCAUGAGGCUGAGGGUCUGCUGGCUCAUGGUGGCCACAUCCUGGAUUUUGGCAUCCUUUAGUGCCAUUGUAUAUACUGUGUACACCAUGCACUAUCCCUUUUGCAAAGCCCGUGAGAUCAGCCACCUGCUCUGUGAGAUUCCACCUCUGUUGAAGUUGGCCUGUGCAGAUACUUCCAGAUAUGAACUCAUGGUGUAUGUGAUGGGUGUGACCUUCUUGAUUCCUCCUCUUGUUGCUAUCCUUGCCUCCUACACACUAAUCCUACUUACUGUGCUCCACAUGCCCUCAAAUGAAGGGAGGCAGAAAGCCCUGGUCACCUGCUCUUCCCACCUGACUGUGGUCGGGAUGUUCUAUGGAGCUGCCACAUUCAUGUAUGUUCUGCCCAGUUCCCUCCACAGCCCCAAGCAGGACAACAUCAUCUCUGUCUUCUACACGAUUGUCACCCCAGCCCUGAACCCUCUCAUCUACAGCCUGAGGAAUAAAGAGGUCAUGGGAGCCUUAAGGAGAAUCCUGGGAAAAUAUAUGCUGUGGACACACUCCUGA